AUGACAGAGAUAUUGAAUGUCCUGGUCAAUGAUGGAUCAAGUGUAGGCGAUUAUACACUUGAUCUGAUUGCGCCUCCGAAGUUGACUUCGGAGAUCACUCAGUUGCCAACGCUCGAACAUAAAAGGUCCUUGCGUGAUCUGCGUAGUGGCAAAGUCAAGCAGAUCUGCGUACUCGUCGCUGACGACGAGUGUGUAGCCGACAUAAGGUCAGCAACAAUGCUUACUGAGAGCGAGAGAGUUCUCAGUAGUUCAUCGAUGGACGAGAGUGUCCUAGAUGAAAAGACACGAGUUGAGCGAUAUGACUCCCAAUCGUGGGAAUCGCUCAAGACAAAUCCUCUCUAUGAAGAUUUGGUUGAAUUCAAGGAUGUAUUCCCUGAAACUGUUCCGUGCGAAUUACCAAAGGAUAAAGGUAUUCGACACGAGGUCGAGCUUAAACCAGGCUCGAAGUACUGUGUCAUGAAGCAGUGGCCACUGCCUCGUGAACAAGUACUUGCGAUCAACAAGCUCUUUGCCGAUCGUUUAGCUGCGGGCCAUGUGAGGGAAUCAACUUCCCCACAUAGCUCUCCGACCUUCUGUGUGCGAAAAGUAACAGGAGGGUGGCGGAUAGUGCACGCGUUCGACAAAUUGAACGCUGCAACGGUACCGGCUCAAACGCCGAUACCGAGGAAGGACGUAAUCAUUGAUGGUAUGUCAAAGAGUACCAUCUUUUCGUCCAUGGAUUUGAUGGAUGGCUUCUAUCAAAAUCCUUAUGCGGGAACGGGAUAUACCCUAUACCGCAGUUAG